AUGUUGGGUCUUGAUGAUUCUGGGAAGACAACCAUCUUGUAUAAACUAAAGCUUGGGGAUUUUGUUGCAACUGUACCCACAAUUGGGUUUAAUGUGGAAAGUGUGGAGUACAAGAACAUAAGAUUCAACGUGUGGGAUUUAGGAGGGCAAGAUAUGAUUCGGCCUUUGUGGAGACAUUAUUACCGAAAUACCCGCGUGCUUAUCUUCGUAGUGGACAGUAAUAACAAACGAAGAAUUUAUCAAGCCCGAAACGAGUUGCAUCGCCUUAUAAAUGAGGAUGAAUUGAGUGAUGCAACAAUACUUAUUUUUGCCAAUAAGCAAGACUUGCCUGGUGCUAUGCAUGUGUCCGAGGUCGCAGAUAAACUCAAAUUGCAUACUAUUUCUCAACGCCGUUGGCACAUACAAAGUACUUGUGCGAAAACAGGGCAAGGACUGAACGAAGGCCUAAUCUGGCUAACCAACAAUAUUCCCGAUAAAGUGGCACAAACAAACUCGUGCAUUUCUAUUCCGGCCCGUAGAAUCUGUGAGGCAAAAUGUUAAACAAAAAAGUUAUUAUUAUAAGCUUACAAAGUUCGAGAAAUAUUUGUAAAAUUUUAAUUUUUAGUAAAUUACGAGUUUAACAUUAUUCAAAGAAACAAGAGUUCAUAAAUUA